UCGAGGACCAACAAGUAGUUUCGUCUCAUCUCAUCUCACAGUCUGACUCGAGUGGAAGAAGGAGCAGCUGAGGCUAAAUGAACAAAAAGGGACGGAACUCGCAGAAUAGAAGAAUUCGCGAAACAAACACGUAACACCACAUUCUUUUGUGUCGUCUUCAGUGAAAGAAACUGCUAUACAAAAGCCAAGGUCAGUCAUCUUGUAACCGUCUUCCGAUUUAAAUAAACAAGGUUUUUGCUUGCAUAAGUUUGAAAAAAUGCCAUCUCGUUGUCAGGUCAAAGGGCAAAGUUACUGACAAGUAUCUCCGGCUGGCAUUAUCCGAGGGAGGGGAAUCAUCUUUGUUCAGUGAACUCAACCAUCAUUACCAUUCAUCAUGAUAAGCGUGAAACUAAAGAUUGACGAUAAUAGAAUCAUCUCCUUGUCGUCGUCACCUCAAACAAGCCGUGUUGAGGGGAAUAUUUCUCCUCCCCGUCUCAUGUCCCAAGAAUGACCCCACAAGGAGGAGACCCCCAAAACCGACGGUAGUAGAAUAGUUUCAGUUGUUUAUCAUCCUCCGCCCCUCGACCUCUCCUCCCCAACUGCUGCUGCUCCCAACUGCUGCUGCUCCCCAACUGCUGCUGCUCAGACUCAUCACUCCCCCACUGUUUUUCCACUUGUGAUAUCCGUUCUUGCCAACCACCAGCACACCACCGAAUUGUUGGAGCUUCUCCCACUUCCUUCUCAUCAAGAGGUUAAAAUUACAAAAAUGAUGCAACGACCGGUUGCCACGAUCCCUCCCAGCAGGGCAGGGGCAGAAUCCCCAGGUGGUAGUUCUUCCAGCUCAUCCAGCAGCAGCUCCACCUCUUCCCAUCAUCGUAACAAUGGUGGUGGUCUGCUCGCGUUAGGAAAUGAUAGCAAUCAAACGUCCACCCGAUCCAGGUCACCAUCCAUUAUUGUUCGUACAGGAGGAAGUGUGCAUCGUCACAGGAGGAGGGACUUGCCCUGGGGGAUCAGAAUAAUUCAAAAGGUUUCGGAUUGGUGGUUCCCCAAUCUGCGAGUGAAUCGGGACACGUGGUACCGUGUUUCGGUGUUGGUGCUCACCUACAUUUCCUACACAUCGUACCACAUGUCCAGGAAGCCAAUCAGUAUCGUGAAAAAUGUUCUUAACCAUAACUGCUCUGCGGGCGAAGUUCCUGUCUCAAACACAACAGCUUCCUGUGGCUGGGCCCCUUUUGACCGUGAUGAUGCUGACGUUUUAUUGGGAACGUUAGAUUCCGCAUUUUUGUUUGCCUACGCUGCGGGAAUGUUUGUCAGUGGAUUCAUCGCAGAGAGAGUGAACCUUCGAUACUUUCUCUCACUGGGGAUGAUUCUCUCGGGUUUCUUUACAUAUCUAUUUGGAUUAGCGUACAGUCGGAAUAUCCACAAUUUGUCCUAUUUCAUCCUCGUUCAGGCUCUUGGUGGAGUUCUCCAAACGACAGGCUGGCCUGGGGUAGUUACCGUCGUGGGCAAUUGGUUUGGAAAGGGAAAGCGUGGCCUUAUUUUCGGCUUAUGGAACUCUCACACCUCACUCGGAAACAUUUUGGGCUCCUUGAUCGCGGGAUCAUUUCUAGAGACGAAUUGGGGACUCUCCUUCAUCGUUCCUGGCGCGGUGAUUGGGGUGGCAGGAUUUCUAAUUUUUCUCCUCCUUGUCCCCAAACCACAACACGUUCACUGCAGCUUGCCAGACCACCACGAGUCGGUUAGCUCGGACAUGAGCAACGACGACAGUUCCGACUUUCCUUCCACCUCUACUUCCAUCAGGGCUGCAAGGAAGAGGAAUGGGCGGUACAACUAUACUGGAGAUUACGACAAUAGUGAGAGUUGCAGCAGGCUGCUGGAUGAGGACGAUAUCACGUGUGGUGGUGAUGCACGAGAAGACACGCCAAUGAUUCCCCAGUAUGACCCAGACGUCAAAGUUAAAGCAGUUGGAUUUACAGAGGCGCUAAAAAUUCCAGGCGUGGUAGAGUUUUCCUUAUGCCUUUUCUUUGCCAAACUCGUCAGCUACACAUUUCUCUACUGGCUGCCGAGAUAUAUCAACAAUUCGACUAAUUUUUCUCCAACGGAAAGUGGCAACUUGUCGACUUUGUUUGACGUUGGUGGGAUAAUUGGUGGAGUUAUUGCUGGAGUCAUUUCCGACUACUCGGGCAUGAGUGCUACCACGUGUGCAGGCAUGCUGACGGUGGCGAUCCCAAUGAUGCUGGUGUACGAGACCUACGGGACGGAAAGUCUGUUUAUGAACAUUAUGUUGCUCAUUCUCGUCGGAAUUUUGGUAAACGGGCCAUACGCUUUAAUCACUACGGCCGUUUCCACCGAAUUGGGGACACAUCCUUGCCUUAUGGGGAAUGCAAGAGCGCUUGCAACUGUGACUGCAAUUAUUGAUGGGACUGGUUCUAUUGGAGCUGCAGUCGGACCGUUACUCGCCGGUCCAGUGGCUUCGAUAAGUAAAGAGCACGGUUGGAAAUAUGUCUUUCUCAUGCUCAUGGUUGCGGAUGUGAUUGCGUUAAUUCUACUGGUUCGCCUCGUGUCGCAUGAAUUCAGACGUUAUUUUGAAACCCGUCAUGCUAACCAACUGAAGGUAACGAUUCACUCCAUCCCAGGAUCUGUGUCGUCCACGCCUUACAAUGGACAGCUAGCCUAAAACAAAAUCCAUCUCCAAUUUGUAACAUCGGGAGUAAUGAAUAUAGCAAAUUCAUGACGAAAAAGCAAGCCUGUCUGAUUAUGCUGCUAUGACCUUUUUAUAAUUACUCUAUUUAUUUUGCACAUAUCGUCCUAAAUAAUUUUUAGUUUAUCUUAUUUAUAACCUCAAACAAAAGUCUGAUAUUUAGAAAUAGUUUUUUUGUAUCAUUUAAACUCCUGAUUGACAGCAGGUAUUUAGGGAAGCUUGAAAUAGUUUGUAGUUUUACUCUGUUAGGACGACUGACUAUCUAAUGGUUGUACAACUUGGCUUACUCUAAAAAUGUAAUAUUUGAUUGCCGUGACGUAAUUAUUGUUGUGCUCUAUUUUUCUUUUACUAUUGAUACAUGUAAUUAUUUUUAUGAUUGAUUGAUUUAUUAUUAAGUAUUUUAAUCCCCAAUUAUAUCUUUCCCAUUUCGUUUAGAUGAUCGAUGGCAGAUUUGGGAGGAAAACUAAGUUGGCUGUUGUCUAGUUUGCUUGCUGUCUACAUAUAUGCACCUACUGAACUGAUCUUGCAUGUUAUGUGACAGCUUAGAACUUUCUCUUCAAUACAAAAUGCAGAUUGAUCUUUUUGAUACAAACACUGAUAUCAUAGUUCAUAGUCUUGUAUUUAUUAUUAUUAUUAUUGCUAUUAUGCAAUCAACAUUGUCUGAUCUAGUCGUCAGUGUGUAAGACUUUUCAACUUGUAUUUACAAUUAUUUGUAUAAUUUCCACAAGAAGCGAUGAGUAAAUAUCAAGUAACUGUUCUACAAUACAGAGUGCCUUGUACAAGCAGAUUCAUGACCCUUUGUUUUACCAACUCCGCCAUAACGAUUGGGGGCUAUAAAUAGUGGACUACUCAACUGCUUGCUUAUAUAUGCGUGUGAUUUUAGAUGGUAAAUAUAUUUUAGUAUGGUCUUUUAACUGACUUAUAAUGAUGAGAUGACUAGGGUCAACCUACUGCAAUUAUUACUUGUUUUAUGUAGUUUCAUGUGAUGAACCAAUUUUCAGACCAAUGUUUGAUUUGAAAUAAUAAUGAUUACUGGAGUGAUUU